CUGGGGGCCAUGCAAACAGCCAAGUUCAAGAGUCAGCUGUUCCCAGUCUGGGCCCUUGUGCUUGUUAGUUUCCGUUACAAUGUCGACUUUAUCUCUGGCUAUGGUGUUGAUGGCCGCCAUGGGCGACGGUUCAUGGAGUGGAGGAAUGUGGUGAAACUUCUGGGAUCGGCGUUCUUGAACUGGUCACGUGGCUCAAGGUUCACACUUCCACUCUGGUCACUUUGGGCUCUGCAGAUACUAAGGAGCUGGUACAGAUACCAUUCCUAUCUUCUCGCACUCAAUUCUGUCUGGCAUGGUAAGAGUUCAGAGGUCGUUGCUGGCCCUCACACUAGCAACUGGAAACCAGAGGACUGCAACCCAGAGAAUAAUAUGGUAGGAUACAAAUACUUGGUGCAUGGAGAAACCGAUCAGAGAAUCAAAUUCGAGAAGCCUAGGUAUGUCAUGUAUAUUGAUACUGCUCAGAAUGACCAGCAAGCUAAGUGUGGUUCUUGUCCGUGUCAACUGAGAUCAUCGCUGGUCACCCUAGACAAGAUUUGGGGAUGUUGCAGGGACCUGUUACGCCCAGAUAACAGUAAGGGAAAUGACCCAAAGGAUCUCUCUCUGGCCUUCGCCUUGUCCAGACUAGUGCGGUGCAGGCUCGAGGAUGUGACACUGCAACAAAAAUUCUUUAAUAUCAACCGAAAGCUAGUUAAGACUAAGAUCAAGAUUUUGGAAUCUUGGACUCAUAUGAUGACAGACCAAGAUUUUGGAAUCUGCUUCAUAAGCUAACCACAGGAAUGGUGUCAGAGAAGAAAGAUGGAGCAACACUGCAUGACGCCAUCGAUGUGCCAGAAUGUGUCAGACCGGCAGUACUAAAGACGCUCUGUGCAAGCCUAAAUAACCUCAGCUCUCCUGACACUGUACAUGAUCAGCCAGACAAUCCUAACAGAAAUCCCGAAGAGCAAGGUCACCUUCUGCCCAAGGCUAUCACAUCACUGUCUGAUGCUGACAGUGAGCGAACAAAGCGGUACGGUUGGGCCUUCUUUAAACU